CCCUCAGCGGCAUUCUCGGCUCUUCCUCUUUUCAUGCGCUAUCAGCGCGUAUCAGCGGCCAGUACGGCACCAUCCCUUCCGCAGUGAAGACGUCGCGGAGAGCAGCCCUCGUAUCCGCGCUCAUCUCGGACAGAAAUGAUUGUUAACAAGUGUCAUCGUGCGCUGAACGCGCGGACCUCGCUUCGACAGCUGCUAAAUGGCGUCGCAACAACAUGGAAUAGAUGCUUAACCGGUUCAGUGUCGAGAGAACCAGAAGGGCCGGUAAUUAUGACGGAAAUACCGGGUCCUCGGUCUCGAAGCUUGCUACAAGAAUUGAAUGCGAUACAACAAGCAUCUUCCGUACAAUUCUUCGCAGACUACGAAAAAUCCUCCGGUAAUUAUAUAAUGGAUGUUGACGGGAACGCGUUGCUGGACGUUUAUAUGCAAAUCUCGUCGAUGCCCCUAGGGUACAAUCAUCCAGCGAUGUUGGAGGUUCUCGCCGAUCCCGUUAAUCAAAAAAUUAUAGCAAACAGACCUGCGUUAGGUGUCUUUCCGGGAAAAGACUGGCCUAACAAAUUAAGGAAUAUUCUGCUCAACAAGGAGGUUGCGCCACCCGGAUUAUCGCAUAUCACUACAAUGAUGUGCGGUUCUUGUUCUAAUGAAAAUGCUUUUAAAAGCAUCUUUAUUUGGUACGCCGAAAAAGAAAGACAAGGGAAACCAUUCAUGAAAGACGAGAUAGAAUCAUGCAUGAUAAAUCAAAUUCCUGGUUCGCCGCGAUACUCUAUUAUGUCUUUUAAAGGUGGCUUCCACGGAAGAACUUUAGGUUGUCUCUCAACGACUCACAGCAAAUACAUUCACAAAAUAGAUGUACCAGCUUUUGACUGGCCUAUCGCAUCUUUUCCAGAGUACAAAUAUCCUUUAGAAGAAAACGUCCGAGAAAAUCAGAGGGAAGACGAACGUUGCCUUGCAGAGAUCGAAGAAUUAUUCGAAAAGUACAAAAACGAAAAGAAAGUACCAGUGGCGGGUGUAAUUAUCGAACCUAUUCAAGCGGAAGGCGGUGACAAUCACGCGUCGCCUGAAUUUUUUCAGGAACUUCAACGCAUAACGCGACAGCACGGAGCAGCGUUGCUUAUCGAUGAAGUCCAGACUGGUGGCGGACCAACGGGAAAAAUGUGGUGUCACGAGCAUUUCAAUUUAAAUACCCCACCAGACGUGAUGACAUUCAGCAAGAAAAUGCAAUUAGGCGGUUAUUAUCAUUCGGAAGAAUUCAAGCCGAAACAAUCGUAUCGCGUAUUCAAUACUUGGAUGGGCGAUCCAAGUAAAUUGAUACUGCUCGAAGCGAUCUUGGAAAUCAUCAAGAAGGAGAAUCUUUUGGAUAGAGUUACGCGCGUUGGCAAUUAUAUGCUGAAGCAUUUGAUGGAUAUACAAAAGGAGCACUCUAGUAUAAUUAGCGCGAUGCGUGGACGCGGAACUUUCAUAGCGUUUAAUUGUACCUCGCCUGAAAUGCGAGACACCAUCAUCAAGAGACUUACAGCCAAAGGUAUUCAGGUAGGUGGUUGUGGUACCCGAGCUGUGCGGCUGAGACCUGCGUUAACUUUCACAGAACGUCAUGCUGAUAUAUUUUUGGAUUCGCUUCGUUCUGUACUAAAAGAAUAAGGGUAAACUCUGUGGUUUUUCGUGUUUCUUGAAUCAAAUGUCUUCCAUAUCAAAUGUCUUCCAUGUCAAAUGUCUUCCAAAUCAGAUGUCUUGUAUUAAAGAGUGGUUAUAAAGAUGUAUGUAUGAAGAUGUGUGUACGGAGUUAAAAAUAUAUGUAUUAUUUUUAUAUGGCAGUUGCUAAGCUAACAAUUUAUACAUAACUUUAAAGAAAUAAUGCAGUGGUGCAAAAUGCAGCGAGAAUGUAUAUCUGAUGAUUCUAUAAUUGAUCGAUAUGCAUUAUUAUUGCAUAGGAUAUCAAUUAUUACAUUGAAUAUUUAAACAUUUCGUACAGUAUUUUCUGUAAUUUAAAAAAAAAUGCUAUAAAAUUAUGCUAAGUUAACAAUUAAUUGUUAUAAUUUAUUAUAUGUCGUUCUUUGGCUAUUAUUUAUUUCAUUAAUCGACUUGAUUAAUGAAACUGGAUAAUUUGUUGCACGAUCAAAUGUCUUCCGAAAGAACUGCCAAUAAAAAAUGUUUGAGCUAUGUUCCGUGUUAUUGAUAAGCUCCAAU